AUGAGUAUGUCUUUCCUUCUAUUAUUCCAUCUUUUGCUUCUUGUCUCUUGUUGUAUCUCUUCAUUUGCUAGUGGAGCUACUCUGUUAGAAGAAGAAGUACAAGUUAUGAAAGACAUAGCUAAGACACUUGGGAAGAAGGAUUGGGACUUCAGCAUAGAUCCUUGUAGUGGACAGAGUAAUUGGACAUCCUCUGUGCAAGUGAAUGGAUUUGAAAAUGCUGUCACCUGCAAUUGCUCUUUUGCCAAUGCCACUAUCUGCCAUGUUGUUAGCAUGUACGUCUCUAAUCUCCUCAUGUCUAUCUAUUGUGUGUUUGAUGAAGAUAUUUUCACUCUCUAG